AGUAAAGUCUGAGUGUUCAGACGGACCUAUUAUAGCGGCUCACACUUGAACACAACUUGAGCAUGGCGUCGGGUCACCUGUGCAGACUCCACAGUCUGCUCACUCGGGUUUCUCACGGCACAACACUCCGAGCUGUGCAGACAUGUUUGGUGCCGAUGCGACAGAAGUCCAGUAUCAGUGGUCCUUCACUUGACAGCUCCAACUGUAAUGUGGAAAUCGCCGCGACGUCAGAUGGGAAAACCAUAGUGUGCUACCACCCCGCUGCUGACAUUCCCUACGAGCUCACCCAGCCCAUAGAACGACCAGACCCCGUGACCAACACGACUGAGACCCAUGAUCAGGUUUUAAAGGCUCACCUCAGCAAGGAGGUGCUGAGGGACAAGCCGGGGCCCACCAUAGAAGAGCUGAGCAAGAUGUUUUUUACCACCAAACACCGCUGGUAUCCACUCGGACAGUACCACAUGAGACGCAGAAAGAAGGAUCCCCCAAAGGACAGAUAGUUACAAAACUGCAGAUGAUGUUUGUUGGUGUUACUGUCACAAUGCUGUAUAAUAAACUGUUAAACAUUAA